AUGGAGAGAGCCGCCCACGACGACUCCGGUGCAGCCUCCGAGGUGUCCUGGGGCGCCCACCGUGGGCUCCUGGAUGCUCGAAUCGGCCUUCCUGUUAUACCCACUGUGACCCUUCAACCCAACUGGCCUCAGAUAUUCAGAGGAGAGAAAGUCACUCUGAGAUGUAAGAUCCAUGGAGGUGGAGGAGCUCAGUGGAUGUAUGAAUGGAGACCAACCAGCAGAAACUCUCCAACAUCCAGUGAAUACAGGAUCACUGCAGCUAACAGUGGAGAAUAUAGAUGCAGAGGAAGAACAGAUGUCUUUACAAUAACAGAGUGGGGAGUCCUUAGGUUAACUGUGUUAGAUAAACCUGUCCUCUCUGUGUCUCCAUCAUGGCUGAGUCCUGGAGCCUCAGUGACUCUGAGCUGUGGGGGGUUGGAGUAUCCAUCUGCAGGAUGGAGGUUCUUCUGGUAUAAAGUGGUUCCAACAAAAUCCAGCAGCUCCUACAGCUUAGAGCUGCUGACUGGCAGAACCAACUGGACUGAACAGAACUCCUACCUCAUUAAUGGACAGAAUCACACAGCAGGAUAUGUGUGCAGAGCAGGAAGAGGAGAACCACUGUUUUACACUAAAUACAGUGAAGCAAAGUUUGUCUGGUCUGCAGACUCUCAUCCAGCUGCUUCUCUCUCAGUGACUCCAGACAGAGUUCAACAUUUUAUCAGUCAGUCUGUCACUCUGAGCUGUAGUGGGAACAACACUGAGUGGAGACUGAGGAAGUUUACAGAAACAGGUGGACUAUCAGACACUCACUGCUCCAACUGGGGGACAAUGACUGGAUCCUCAUGUUCUAUAAACACAUACUGGUCUCGCAGUGGAGUGCACUGGUGUGAGUCUGGAUCAGGAGAUUUUAGCAACGCAGUCAACAUCACUGUACAGGAUAAAUAUUAUUAUAGUAUCAUCCUGGUGAGCCCCGUCCAUCCUGUGACUGAGGGAGAUCCUGUUACUCUGAGCUGCAGAGAUAUAGAACAAAAACUUCUCUCCAAUGUGUUUUUCUAUCACAAUGAUAAACUGAUCCACAAUGACAGCAGAGAGGAGCUGAACAUCUCUGCAGUGUCAAAGUCAGAUGAAGGUUUCUACAAGUGUGAACAUUCAGGAAAGGAGUCACCACAGAGCUGGAUGGCUGUUAGAGUGUCUCUGUCCAGUCCUGUUGACUCUUCAUUUGCUGUGCUGAUGAUUGUUGGACCGUUUAUAGGAAUAAUUCUCAUUAUCCUGCUGCUGCUGUUGUGGUGCUACACACGGUCCAAAGAUUUCUGCAUCAGAUCAGAAAGCAGCAGUCAGAGCCCCACCAUCAAUCAUGGAGUCAACCAGACAGACAGUCAAGUUUACAGCUCUCUGCUGCACGGAAGCCCUGAUGACCCAGACGAGGAUCCUGUUUACACUAAUAUUGAAGCAGAAACCACAGCUGUGGAUUACAGCUCGGCCUUUAACACCAUUCUCCCGGACAGACUCAUCAUCAAACUGGGCUCCCUUGGACUCCCCCCUCUCACAUGUGCCUGGAUUAACAACUUCCUGACCGACCGACCCCAGGCUGUGAGAGUUGGCCCCCACCUCUCCUCCACCCGCACGCUGAGCAUCGGCUCCCCACAGGGUGGCGUGCUGAGCCCCCUCCUCUUCUGCCUUUACACCCACGAUUGUAAACCAAUCCACAACCGGAUCAUCAAGUAUGCCGACGAUACCGCUGUG